AUGUAUCAAAAGAUCCUGUGGCGGGCAGCACGAGAACAGCCAAUUAAGACCUAUGAAUUAAAUACGGUCACGUACGGCACAGCUUCUGCACCCUUUUUGGCGGUUCGGUGCUUGAAACAAAUAGCGGAGGAUGAAUCGAGGAAGUUUCCAUUAGCAUCACAAAUUUUCAAACGUGAUUUUUAUGUUGAUGAUAUGCUCACGGGAGCCUCUGAUUUUGAAAGCGCUCGAAAGUUGCGAGAUGAACUAAUAGCUCUCGCACAGCUAGGCGGUUUUCAUCUGCGUCAAUGGAUGUCUAACGACAUUGGUCUUAUUGAGACAUUAAAUACGGGCACUCAGCAGAAACUGCUGUGUUUAGAAGCAACUGAUUCGAAGAAAACGUUGGGAGUAGUAUGGAAUCCUGCUGAGGAUUACCUAUUAUAUUCCGUGAAAUCUUCAUCGGACAGUACGCGUAUGACAAAACGACUGAUGUUGUCGCAGAUUGCUCAAUUAUUCGAUCCGCUAGGAUUAUUAGGUCCCAUAAUUGUACAAGCGAAAAUUUUAAUGCAGCAACUGUGGAAGUCAAACGUAGGGUGGGACGAAACCGUUCCGCAGCAGGUAUAUUUACCGUGGUCACACUUCAAGAAUGAAUUAUACCUGCUCAGUUCCUUUACCACUCCGCGACAUGUGAUCAUGAAGCAAGCGACGCAAUUGCAAUUGCAUGGCUUCUGCGAUGCAAGCGAGACGGCCUACGGGGCUUGUAUCUAUAUUAGAUCAAGUAACAACAAUAGCAAACAUCAGGCGUCUCUUUUGUGCGCCAAAUCGCGGGUAGCGCCAGUUAAGACCCUCUCGCUUCCUCGACUGGAGCUGUGUGCGGCCAAAUUGUUGGCAAACCUAUAUUGUGAGGUGACUAAUGCAAUGUCGCACUUGCAUUUUGAUCGUGUCAAAUUUUGGUCUGACUCCACCAUUACAUUACAUUGGAUAGCGACACCUCCACAUCAGUUAAAAACUUUCGUGGCCAAUAGGGUUAGCGAAUUACAGUCAUUAACUGAUCCAAAGGAUUGGGCUCACGUAGCAACCAUUGCGUACAUGCGAUGCUUCGUGUGUAACGCAAGGGUUGGGGGUGCGAAAAGGCACGGUAGUCUCACACCUGAAGAAAUUCAAGCGGCUCACCUUUCCAUUAUUAGAUUAGUGCAAAAAGAGGCAUUCACGUCAGAUAUGCAAAAUUUAAAACUUGGUAAAUCAGUUAACAAGGCUAGCAAAUUGAUUAAUUUACAUCCGUUUUUAGACAAGGAGGAAAUACUUAGAGUCGGUGGCAGGUUAAAGCAUGCUCCGAUUAGUUUUGAUCAAAAAUAUCCGAUUUUGUUACCAAGGAAGCAUCAUUUGACAGAUUUAAUAAUAGAAGGGGAGCAUUUGCGUCAAUGGCACGCUGGUACUCAGGCUACGUUACACGCAGUUCGGCAACGAUAUUGGCCUAUUGACGGUAAGAAUAGUACACGUUGUAUUAUUCAUAGAUGUAUUCGUUGCUACCGAGCAUGUCCCAAGGUAGCGUCUUACAUGAUGGGCGACCUACCUGCUGCGAGGGUCACACCAACUCGUCCUUUUGAGAAUGUCGGUAUAGACUAUUGUGGUCCGUUUUCAAUUAAAGAGAAGAAAGUUCGGAACCGUACAGCAGUAAAGGCGUACGUUGCAGUCUUUGUUUGUUUUGUGACAAAGGCAGUUCAUUUGGAGUUAACAACUGAUUUAACUACCGAGGCGUGCUUAGGAGCAUUAAAGCGUUUCUUCGCGAGAAGAGGUAUAGCCAGUCAUAUAUACACGGACAAUGCAACUAAUUUUGUAGGAGCCAGAAAUGAGAUAGUUAAAUUAAAGGCAUUUUUAUCUUCUGAUGAAUAUCGCACUAGGGUUCAAGACUUUUGCAAUAAGGAAAACGUACAGUGGCAUUUCAUUCCACCACGGUCACCGCAUUUUGGAGGCCUAUGGGAAGCCGCUGUACGAUCGUUUAAAAAGCAUUUGUAUAGAACUGUUGGAAACGGAUUGUUCACCUAUGAACAAUUCAAUACAUUUAUUAUUCAAAUUGAGGCGAUUCUCAAUUCUCGACCUCUUAUCCCACUUUCCUCGGAUCCAAACGACCUAAUUGCCCUCACUCCAAGCCAUUUCCUUAUUGGGGACUCGCUGUCGACUCUGUCAGAGGGUGAUUUUCGAGAUGUGGCUACUAAUCGCCUUUCUUUGUGGCAACACAUUGAGAAGGUCAGACAGCAUUUCUGGUCCAGGUGGCAUCGUGAUUAUUUACAUCAACUGCACACCAGAAACAAAUGGCAUCUCGGAGAUACUGCACGUUACAAGGAGGGAGCUAUG